UGACAAGCAGACUAUCUCAAGCAGAGGCCCAAUAUGCAAGGAACUACAAAACCAUGGUCGACAACCAUUUCAAAGAAUCGUUUUUAAACGACUUACCGGAGAAACUAAGAUCGACUGAAGAGGUGAAGGUGGAUGUCAACAUGAUUCCAGAGCCGAAUCUAAAAGUUAACGUAUUUUGCAAGGUACUAGAGAAUAUAGGCGAAGUAGUUAUAGACGCGCAGCAAAAUCUUUCAGCUGAUCUCAGAGAAAAUGAGAUAUAUGUUCUUAUCUAUGAAAUCAUUCGGCCCUUUGUUUUGGCAGGGAAGAUCCAACUGUUGUAGCUCUGUUUUUAUUAACUUUUCAGCUUGCAUUCAAUUGUAUUUUGAAACAACUUUGGCCUAUGUGCAGUGAAAGUGAUAAAGCAUGAGAGCGUUAGAAACUAUCCACUACUCACAAAUAACUCAAAACUCAUACGCUAGCUUCUGUUUGCAGUUUAUGGCGCACCCAUUUACACAAAAAUCCAUGACACAAGAGUCUUGAAACUUUGUUUACUUCAUUGGAUUCGUUUGGCCCUUAUAAUUUACAUCAGUAUUCAUAUAUUUUGUCCUGAAUGGAAGAUUUUGGCAAAAUUCAUAAACGUUUUUUUUUGAAGCUGCAAAUGCGCGGUCUUGAUUGUCAACAAAUUGUCCUAUCAGCAGCCGAUCCAUUAACAAAAGCCUCUUUAAAAUUGACCGGUUUACUAUUAGAAGUUUGUAUCUUUUUUGUUCCUUUUCGGACUUACCUGAAAUCGAUUUACCAAGUCCUUUAUAACAUGUGGUGCAUUGCAAUCCCUAUGUAACUGUAGAAUGUCGAAGUUUUCAUGACGUUAUCAAUGCGCAAAACGGUAUGCAAAUGAAUUUUGAAUUGGUGGAAACAGUUUAACGUGCAGCAUAUCUAUUAGUUGUGCUAUUACACUACCUGUAUUAAGCUGACGGAGCAGUAAGGAAAGCCGUUUAAAUACCUUAUAUCCAUCUAUAGUGCUGAAAAACAUUAAAAAAAUUCUCAGAUUGCAUCUGUUGAUUGAAUGUGAUAAAGUGUGGUCAGUUGAAUUACGUUCCAUCAUCUACUAUUGCAAGAAACACGAAAUGAAAUUCUGAAUAACGGACAAAUUUUCAAGAACCGCCCUUGUGUAAAAAAAACCAGCUCUAUAUCAUUUUCUCAACCUCUGGUGUCUCGUUAACUUGCACUUUAUUUUUUUUAAGGUCAACCGAAUUCAGUGGUAGAUAUCUAUGACUUGAUGAAAUUCGAGACACAAAUUCUUAGAUUUAACUAAAAGCAAGUUACAUGAACUGUAUGGUCAUCAUGAGUGCUCGUAGUAGUAAAAACGUGUAUCAUCAUGAACACUCGGAAUCUUUAGAUACCUUGAACUUAAAAAUGGCGGAUAAUGGAGCCUGUAAUCAAGCAGACCGAGUUGCAAGCAAAAAAGCAGAAUCUGAGGCUGAGGAGCAUUUGGAAGACUCUUCAAGAGUUAUGCAUAAUGAAGAAAAUUUUCUGGAUACCGGUGAAACAUUUUUAAAGAGUAAUAUUCAGUUGGCCGAUCACAUAGGUUACGAGGACGAGACCGUGUUGAAUUCUGCAAAUUCCGAGUAUCAAAUGCAUAAAGAAUUACUGAAAAAUCUAGCUCGCGAUGAGGCUAGUCAGAGCACAGAUGUGAAUCUAGACGGAUCUGUUAACGUAAAAGAGGAUGUAGAGAGUAAAUCUAUAUUAUUGGAGUUAGAUGAAAUAGACAGAGAAGAUUUUAGAGCAGCAAAAGGAAAACUUGAGAAUUCAAGCCAUUCUUCGUUUGAUAAGGCCAAAUAUUUUUUUGGUAAAUCGAAUGAGGUAGAAGAGACUGUGACUGGGAGCUGCAUUUACACUAGAGGGACGACAGGUGAAAUUAGGGAUUUAAGUAAAUGUGUUUCUGACGAAAAGUCGCAAGAGAAGAUAGCAGAUAAAGCAAUAAAGGAUGAUUUGAAUUCUAUGGCGAAGACGAAGAGGUGUAGUUGUUUUAUUUUUGGAAACAAUGGUCAAAUACAGGCCAAUGAAGCGACUGAGGCAUCAGAUAAUGGCGGUGCUAAGGAGAGGCAGGAUGAGAAAGCGAAAAAUUCGAAAUUGUUCAAGCUCAUGAAGAAAGUUGGCCUAGGUUCGUCUGUGAACCAGUGCGAUUCGGCGAAUAAGAUUGAUGAACUGACUGGUAACUAUGUAUCGAAUGAAGAGGCAGUGGUCAAAAUAAAUGAUCAGGAGGCUGGAGAGCCAAUAAAGCAAGAUAGUGUCAAUGUUGAUAGAAGUAUUGAAGUAGAUGAGGUGCCUCGCCACGAAGUGUUGAAGGCAGGGACAACAGGUGUAAUAGAACAGCUACUUAGGAGGGAUACGAUCGAGACGGACGGAAAGGAUAAUGCUGGGGAGGUCAAAGCUGGGAAGGGAGAGAUUAAUGAAGUAGCAUCAAAUGUUUUGAUAAGGGCUGCUGAUUCGGAAGUAUCAAAAAUAGAAGAUUUGGUUAAUCAGGAAGUGCCAUCCAAGAUAAUAGCGUCAGAUGAGAUGGUGGAUAAACUGCAUCAACAUUUGAGGGGAUGUUUGGCCAGAGUUAACGAGAUGAACAAGUUUGUUGAAAACAUGAGAAGAAUUAAGUUAGAGGUUAAAGCCCUUUUGUCAGGGAGUGAGGAUGCACUGUUGAAGGAGACGUAUGAUCUCAAGGUAGCGGUUACAGUGUUGAAAAUUAAUUUAGAUAUGCUGGAAGAUAAGGAAACACAGUUGACCAAAGGUUGUGUGGGAGAUAUGUCAGGUAAAAUAGAUGAGUACAAAACAGUGCAUGGAGAAGAGGGUAUGUCAGAGGAGGAGAGCCAUGAUCAAAUUUUUACGGAUAUGGAGAAGACAGAUUUGGUGAAGAUGUUAGAAGAGUCGAAGAAGGAAGUUGAGGUGUUGAAGGUGGAAAAUGCAGAGAUAAGAGGAAUUAUGUUACAUUUAUCAAACAUUCAAGGAAAUGGUAAUUUUACUUCUCAGGUGGAUAUGACCGAUACGCCAAUGCUUGCCUCGAUGAAUCUGCAGGGGAGUUGCAUUCCACCACCGCCUCCGGAUCCAAGUUUGCUAUUGCUUGAUAUGAAUGGGAGAAAAGAGAAUGGUUGCCCUAGUCCUGGCUCGGUACCCUUAGGAGUCAAACCGAGUGUGCGGAUGAAGGGUUUUCACUGGUUCAAGAUACCUCUGCAUCAGAUCAAUCAGACAGUGUUCGCUAUGAUUGAUCCGUUGAGAGUCUACAUUGAUUCAGAGGCGUUGGAGGCCAAUUUUAGAGUUCGAGAGUCUAAAAUAUUGUCCAAGGUAUUAAAAAAAAGUAAGGAGUUGACAUUUGUUGAUUCGAAGCGUCUGCUCAAUGUGGGCAUUUUUCUUCAGACGCUCAAGAUUCCGUAUCGUAGGGUAAUUAGAGCGAUCAGGACUCUGGAGUCGAGGGUACUAACAUCUGAACUGACUAGGAGGCUACAGGAUAUUUUACCGACAGACGAAGAAGUGAAGAAUAUUAGGAAUUAUGUGUCGAAUGGUGGAUCUUUGGAAAGCCUACAGAUAGUAGACCAGUUUUUUUAUAAGAUAUCUCGCAUUCCUCAGUUUCGAGCUCGUUUGAAAGUAUAUGAAUAUAAGAUCAACUACGAUCUUCGGGCGUGUGAGCUGGAGAUUAUAAUUUCGCGAUUGGAAGGCGCCAACGAGGAGCUGAAGAAGAACACGCCUGCGUGGGUCAAAUUACUUGAAGUGGUGCUAGCGAUAGGAAACUUUCUUAAUUACAACUCGCCUCGAGGCGGAGCUAGAGGAUUUCAAAUAGAAUGUUUGAGUCAGCUUUCUUCGAUUAAAAGUUUGGACAAUACAUUUACGCUUUUAGACUAUUUAGUUGAGUAUCUGCAUGAGAUGGGCAAGUAUAGCGACGCUCUGGAUCUUCCGAACACGUCUCGGAGCAUUUUGCAAGUUUCGAAGCUGGAUUGGAACGCGGUGAUAAAUGACAUGCUUUACUUGCGCAAGCAACUCUCCGACACGAAUGCGCUUUUGAUGACGAUUGAGAGGUCGAACGUGCAGGAGGACACGUUUUUCGACACAAUUCAGAUGGCUCUAAAGGCAAUAGAGCGCAAGCUGGAUGUAUUAGAACACCAGUUCAACCAAACAUGCAAUCAGUAUAGAGAGAUUGCAAGGGAAUAUGGCGUGGUUCCUCAGUCUAUGCUCCCUUCCGAAUUCUACAAGAUGCUGAAUUCGUUUCUAGUUUUGUUUGAGAAUGCGAUAGAAAACUAUAAGACGAAGCUAGCAAAUGCGCAGAAAAAAGAAUCAGGCAUCUGCUUUUGCAAGGGAGCUAUUCGAAAAAAAAUAAUUCAGAAAGAAUUAGAAUUGAUCCACGCUACUGGCGAUGUAUCAGGAUUUAGUUCCAGUAUUUUUACAAACUAGAACGUCGAGAAGAGUGAAGAGACUAGCUUAGAGACUUUCCGUGUUGCCUCGAGCCUUCAAAAGAGGUCGGUUUAUUCCUCUAACAGCAAUCGUAGCUUGGGCAGUACCAGGACAUAGAACGGGUUUGCGAUUCAAUGCCUUUGAGCAUCAACUAAAGUUUGCGUAAAUGGCACCGCCAGUUGAACAGGAACUGAAGGAUAUGGGCAAGGUAGUUUGUACAGUCCGGAUGACCUUGAUAUUUUUGUUUUGAACUCCCUCCAUCAAUUAAUAAAAGUACCGUCGCAAAACA